CUGAAAUUAGUGAAAGGAGGAAGAAUGAAGAAAGAGUCGGUGUAGAUGAGCAUGGCAACGUAUCUUCGCCUUGGGAGAUGUGUUUCUCUCAACUCCCUCUCCCUCCUCCACUUCCACAAUUCGCCUCUUUCCACCGUCAGAUACUGUUCUUCUUCUUCUUCUUCGUCGCCGUCAUCUUCCGUUAAGUCUAAGCCGGAUAAAAAGAAGCUCGGUGAUCGUCUUUCGUCUGUAAUCGACGCCGUCAACGAUCGUAAACUACCUCCCGAACUUCGUGGCCAGCGCAACAAUGUUAGGUCAGAAACUGACUUGAUCAAUGUUGUUGAGCAAAGAAUAUGGCAUUCAAUGGAAGAUGGUCAAUUUGAGAACUUGCCUGGGAAAGGAAAGCCGCUUAAACUUGACACAAAUCCUCACGCAGAUCCAGCUGAAGACACCUUAUACAGAAUCCUCUCAAAAAAUGGAUGUGCACCGGAGUGGAUUGAGCUUAACAAAGAGAUAAGAUCUAGAAUAUCUGAAUGGAAGAUUUCCUUGAAGAAAGCUUGGGCAAAUAAAUACAGUGGAGAUCACUCUAUGUGGGUUGAAAGUUCAGAGAUUUUGAAAUCGCAGUUAAAAGAAAUCAAUAAUAAGGUUUUCCGGUAUAACCUUAUUGUGCCUUUUGGUCGGCAAAUGUCUGGCCUUAAUUGGGAGAAAGAGCUAAGUUAUUUAGAAGAAUGAUGAAAUUCAUUGUUGGGAUAAUUGAUUUUUAAUUUCAGAAUCUUGUAAUUUUUUAUUUUCCUAAAGGAUGGUCAUGCCAGCUGAAUAAUCACCUGGCUUUAGUUAUAGUUCAACUUUGCAGAUGAUAUAAUCAUCUGUACUAGUAUGGUUUAUUACCUUCAAUCAACAUAAUACUCCCUACCUUUUUCUAUGUACAAAUUGGGUAAGCAGAAGGGAAAGUAUAGUGAAAAUGUUUGAGAACAUAGCAAGCUUUGGACAAGUGAUAUUGAAAAUUGUUCUAUACAA